AUGCAAUACUCCGUCGCCGCCGUCAUUGCUCUCGCAGCCUCCACCGCCGCCGCUGGAUACACCAACGGUACCGUUGUGUACACCACCGAGGUCCACACUGCCUACACCACCGUCUGCCCAGCUUCCACUGAGUUGACCUUCAACGGCGUCACCUACACUGCCACUGCCAGCACCACCUUGACCAUCACCAACUGCCCAUGCACCAUCGUCAAGCCAGUUACCACCUCAAGCGUAGUGUACUGCAACACCUGUGCUGCUCCAUCUCCAGCUCCAGUUUACCCUAACGGUACCACUCCAGCUGCCACCACCCCAGCUGCCGCUCCUCCAGCUGUCGGUACCGGUGUAGUUGUCCCAGCACCAUCUGCCACCCCAUCCACCAUCUCUGCCUCAAGCGGAAACAAGGCCUUCGCUUUCAGCGGAGCUUCCCUUGCUGGUCUUCUUGGUCUCGCUGCUUACAUCUUGUAA